GUUACAUUUUUGUUUUGCCUUGCAAAUACGAAAGUUCGAGCGAUUGUUGUCGGGCUUGUUUUUAAAGUUUAUUCGGUAUAGUGGAUUGUUAUCGGCGCGCAACUGUGUCACCUCGCGUAUCGACGGAUUUCGAAUAAUUUCAUCGACCUUAACCGAGCGUCAUCCGGAGUGGAAUACAUAUACGAAUCCAAUCCGGCGAAACGACGAGUUUUUGUAUAUAGUACGGGAAUUGACGGCGCGUUCGAAAUAAUUUUAACGCAAGACACGCAUUCAUCUGCCGGGGGCGGCUCCGUCUUGAUUGCCGUUCAAUGCCAAAGAGCCUGGCCGUGAACAGGAUAAUGGGUCGCGGCGCGUUCAUCGUUUUCGAGGGCCUCGAUCGGGCGGGAAAGUCGACGCAGGUCUCGAUGUUGACGGAUGCUCUGCGAGCACGUGGCGUCGCCGUUCAAAAACAAUCCUUCCCAGACAGGAGUACGGCGAUUGGCAAACUCAUCGACGACUAUCUAACGAAGAAGGUCGAAUUUUCGCCCGAAGCUGCUCAUCUGCUGUUCUCGGCCAAUCGCUGGGAGUGCAAAGAUCGACUCAUCAAGAGCCUCGAGGAAGGCACGACCCUCGUGGUCGAUCGGUACGCAGCGUCGGGGGCGGCCUACGCCGCGGCCAACUCCGGCCAGACGCUCGAGUGGUGCAGCCAGCCGGAUCGCGGACUGCCGGCGCCCGACCUCGUGGUCUUUCUGCGCGUCGCCGAGGAGGAGCAGCAAAAACGCGCCAACUGGGGCGAGGAGCGAUUCGAGCGGGUCGAGACGCAGCGCAAGAUCGGCAAAAACUUUGACAGAUUGGCCGACCCGAGGACCUGGUUCGGCGUCGAUGCCCAGCGCGAUAAGGCCGCGAUCCACGCCGAGAUCUUGGAACGAGUGCUCAAAGCCAUCCAGGAGUGCGCCGAUCAAUCCGUGAAGGCUCUCGCGCACUUCGACAGCGAUUGAGAGGCAUUCGUUGUGCUUGAAAAAUUGCGAUAAUAACAUUAUCAUCGCUGGGGUUUAUCUAAAUCGAAAGUAUUAUAAAAUAAUAACGUAUUUAAGCUUUUUCUAAGGUAUUACAAAUUAUUUUUAAACUGUUAUUACAAAGUAAAAGUGAUUUUUUAAUAUUUCGAAAUUAUUGCGUUUCUUUCUCUGCAGUGUCGGCGAGUAGAGCGCGCCACUAUUUUUGCUUGUGAUCAAAGCGCCUAAUAAAAAACAAUAUUUCGGUAUGAAACUGAA